GGCAAUUCGGUUCUUUAAGUUGUUAAUAGCAGCUUGUUGCUUUUGAUUUUAUUUUUGUGCUGUGCAGGGGCUCCUUUUCUGCAGAGACUGAUCAGCCGAGUUGGGGACACCAGUGUUUCUUAAGGCAGGGCAUUGUAUGCAUGUAUGUGCUUUGUGGCUGGCAGGAAAAAGAAACAGCCACUGAGUAUUAGUGACCAGUGUGAGCUGUAGAGUCUCUUUGAGGAGAUGCUCUUGCAGUGUUUGGCCUGGGCUCUCCUUCUGGGAGGAGCAUCUCUACAAAUACCUGCCCUUUCCAUAGCAGAUUGACAAGAAAGGUAGCAACUUUAAUCUGGAAUAUCUAGAUUACCAGUCAUUACAGUAUCAAGUACAGAAAACAUUCUUGUGAAAGAGUGGAAUGCAAAUAUUAGACUUAUCACUUUGCAGAGCAGUUAAGAAUGCUGAAUGUUGCUUUUCUGCACUUGUGAUCCUGUAUUUGUGUUUCUAGGCCAGUAUCCUCAACAGGUUAUCUGUACUGGCUAGAUGGUGAUCCCUCUGUCCAUAUAGCAAAGGUGUGCAGUUGAGCUUUUGAGUAGCCAGUUGUAAGAUUGGAGGUAACAAGACCAUAGGAUGCUGGAGUCAGUGCUGAUGAUCAGCUGUGUGUUAUACUUCUUGAAUGUUUUCUCUGAGCACUGGUGGAUGAGAAUUGCGCUUCAUGAUGGCCAGUUGGAAGGGAACUGGACUGCGGGGUUGUAUUUCUGCCUUCUCUUCAACGUCAGUCAGAACUGCAAUGACAACCCAGGUUCCAUGUGAAAGCACGCUGGGCCAGGCCACAAGAACAAGAAGGCAGGAUGUUGUCAAGACCGAAGCCUGGGGAGUCCGAGGCAGACCUGCUGCACUUCCAAAACCAGUUCCUGGCAGCCAGAGCAUCACCUGCAGUGAAGAUUGUGAAGAAAACAGACAAGAGGAAGGGGGAGGAAGGGAGCAGAGAUGCUGAGAGGCCACCGCUACAGGACAGCAAGGAUGUGGUCAUGCUGGAUGAUUUUCCUGAUGUUCCCCCAGCUCUAACUCCAACUCCUCCAAAAAAAUCCAAAAUCAAAAGUGCCUGCGUCCACUUUGAGGAUGAAGAUCCAGAGGAAAGACUGGAGAGUCACGAUCAGCACAUCACAGCGGUCUUCAGCAAAAUUAUUGAACGGGACACAAGUGCAGUAGCAGUGACCAUUCCAGUGCCAAGUGGAGACCCGUUUCCCAGAACAUUUCACCGCUCUGCGAUAAAAAGUGAGGUGAAGGUGGGAUCUGGAAGAAAAAGCAUCUUUGCGCAAAAGAUCGCAGCAAGAAGAGCUGCUGAAAAGGCAGCGACAGCUCCCUCUGCUGCCGAGUGCGUGCAAAUACGAUCAGUUCCUGUGGGUACCUUGGGUCCUGAGGGAUCAGAAGGAGAGGCACCCCUCCCCAGCCUCGGUGUCGAUAAAACUGUUGACUUCUGGACCUCUCAGCGGCCCUAUAUUAUCACGGGAGAGGGUCUUGGAAAUGAAAAGAGUGAGCAGGAAGCUCAGGCUAUUCACAAGGAGAACUUGGAGAAGCUGCAGUCCAUGUCCCAGGAAGAGAUCCUGCAGGAGCGAGAGAGGCUUCUGGCUCAGUUGGAUUCCAGUUUAGUUGCUUUCUUAAAGUCACGACGUGAUGGUGAUGAAGGCCAGAAAAAGGAAUUAAAAAAGGAGCGGGACGGGCCAGAGGAGUCUUUGGAAACUGUGCCUCAACAUGGUGUAGGAGCAUCUCCUUCCAUACAGGGAUCAGACAUGGAAGAAUCUGUAACGAAGGAAGAAAAUGAAAAAGUAGAAAGCACAGAAGGCGAUCUGCCUGUGAAGCCCAAGAAGGAAUGGAUCCACAUGGAUAAUGUGGAGUUCGAGAAGUUGGAAUGGAUGAGAGAUUUGCCUCCACCCCGGCAGAAGAAAACCAGAAAGGGAAUGCAAGCUCGAUUCAGUUUGAAGGGAGAAUUGAUUCCUGCAGAUGCUGAUUUACCUACUCAUUUAGGCCUGCAUCACCAUGGAGAGGAGGCAGAGAGGGCUGGUUAUUCUCUCCAAGAACUCUUUCAUUUGUCUCGCAGCCAAGUUAUUCAACAGAGGACCCUGGCUCUACAGGUUUUGGGUCGUAUCGUUCAAAAGUCCAGGGCUGGGGAGUUCACUUCCUCCUUGAAGGGCAGUGUUCUGCGUCUGCUCCUUGAUGCUGGGUUUCUCUUCUUGCUGCGCUUCUCCCUGGACGAUGCAGUGGAUAAUGUCAUGGCAGCAUCUGUUGCUGCUCUCCGAGCUCUGCUGGUGUCACUGGAUGAUGAGAAAUAUCUUGAUUGGACUUUCUCAUGGUAUCAAGGAAUGGCUGCAUUCCCCUUUGUCCCCAACAAUGAGGAGGAAGAAGAAGAUGAAGAGGAUGAACUAACUGGAACUGAGAAGUCUCAAGACAAAAAAUUAAAAGAUGAAAACAAGCCAGAUCCAGAUGUGGCCCGAUAUGAUGUUGUAAAAGGACUUUUGAAGACGCGGAUCCAGCACCGGCUGAGAUACAUCCUUGAGGUGGUACGACCUGUUCCAACAGUAGUCCUGGAUAUCCUGCAUAUCCUCACCCACAUAGCAAGGCACUCCUCUGAGGCAUGCAGCCAGCUGCUUGACUGUCCUCGGUUGAUCGAGACCAUUGUCAGGGAAUUUCUCCCCACACAGUGGGAUCCCCGAGUGGCUGAACCAGGGUGUUUACUCGCCAGUGUCCAUGGUGUUCCUUGUGCCGGUGCUAUGAAGUUCAUCAGGGUGUUGGCAUCUGGAGGCCGAAAUGCAACGGCCCGGCUGCUCAACAAAUUUGAAAUGAAGAGUUGUUUAAGUCGAUUUAUAGCUGAAGACCCGCUGGAUCUGCUUCUGCCAAAGGAAGAAGCCAUCAGGCUAAGCACUGAAGCCUUCCGGCUGUGGGCUGUGGCUGCUGGCUAUAGCCAGGCCUGUGACCUUUAUAGAGAUCUCUACCCUGUGCUGGUGAGGAUUCUGCAGUCCCUGCCUGAGUUGCUUGGCGUUUACCAUGAGAAGAGCCCUAUGCUUGAGCUGUCUGUCCAGCGAGCCACAGCAGUGGUUACUCUGCUGAUACAUGUGACACAAACAGCAGGCUGCACAACGGAGCUGCAGGCCCAGCAGAGCAGUAAUGGCUCAGAAGAUAACAAACAGAUUCUUCCUCCGCCAGUAACAUGGAAUCAAGUGUCAAGCUUACGGCCCUUUCUUGAGACCGGUCUGAAAAGAAUCCUCCAGGAGAUAUCCCAGACAGAAACUUGGCAAGCUCUCCAGCCUCUAACCACAACUUAUAUGAUCUACUUGGGAGUUUAUUACAGUGCUUGCAGCCAACAGCCAUCAGUUAAUCCAAUUGACUGCUUAGAGGAGCUGGAACACUUGACAUCUGAGGUACUGCUGCCCCUUCUCAGCCAGCCAGCCCUACACCGCAUGUGGGAUUUGCUCAGGCCAUGUUCUGCUUUGUGCAAUCCUCUGUCCUGUGCCCCAGCACCAGAGUCUGUCUUCAGUAUUGUGUCUUUGAGUUGUACUGGAGGCAAACCUCCCCUGAGCCUAGUUGGCUCCAAGUCACCUUUCCCCUUCCUCACUGCCCUCCUCUUUCUCAUCAAUAGCAUCACGCACAUUCACAAAGGGCUGAUCAGCAAGUACAGCUCUGUGCUGGACUUCAAAGGCUUGAAGGAUUAUCUGCAUCUGAGCUGGCAGACUGGACCUCCCUCUGUAACACCCUCAUCUGCAUGGAUAUUGCGCCAUGAAUAUCAUCUGCAGUACUUUGUGUUAACGUUGGCUCGGAGAAUGGCAGGCACUUGUCCAGAUUAUGCCCAGCAUGCCUCACUCCAUCACUGUGUUGCCAUGGCAUUGCUAAGCCGUCUGUUGCCAGGAAGUGAACAUCUGGCUCAUGAGGUCCUACUGGAUCUUGCCUUUAAUCCAGAGUUUUUUCCUGAAGGGAAAGCUGGAGGGCCAGAAGCAGCUGACUUCUCUGAUAUCCUGCACUUGGGUACCAGUGCCAAACUGGCACAGCCUGGCUCUCUGGCAGCAUUUUUUUCCAAGCCUACCCGUGGUGUCCUGCUGAGAGAAUCGUACCAGAAUCUGCGUUUCAUCCGCUCCUGUUACCUCUCUCAUUUUGUUCACUUACAACCUACCCUAGUGCGUUCCCGGGCAUCCUACCAAGGACAGAAUUACCUCAUCCAGUCAAUGCUGCUUCCUGCAGUCAAAGGGCCCAUCCUUCCUUCAGACUGGCCAUUCUUUCCCCUUAUCAAACUCUACAACAAAGUGACGAGUGCAGAAACGCGGGGGGCUGUGCUGAACUCUCUCCCACUUGAUCUAGUCAACACUGUGACCUGGAACUUGCAGUGGAUCUUGUUACUGGAAACUUGGCGUGCUAAAACCCUUCAGAGCAUCCCUGCUGCUGCCAAACUUGCACGGCUUAUGUGUGUCUUCCUCACAGGCGGUGACCUCUUUCUAGAAGCACCAAUCCAUUGCUACACAGCCGCCCUUCUCUCUCUCUAUUGCCAGCCCAAAGCACUGGAUUCCCUGAACUUGGAUGCUCCUCUCCCUGGUUUGGCUUCAUUCCAUGAUCUCUAUACAAGUCUCCUGGAGCAGUUUGAAGGUGUAUCCUUUGGAGAUCCACUCUUUGGAGCCUUUGUUCUUCUGCCUCUGCAGAAGCGUUUCAGCGUUCAUCUGCGACUCUCUGUCUUUGGGGAGCACACAAGUAUUCUGAGGGCACUGAGGGUCCCGCUUCAGCAGUUCCCCGUGCCUCUUGAGCGAUAUACUGCCCCUCCUGAGGAUAACCUGAACCUCCUGCGACUCUACUUCCGAACACUGGUCACCGGAGCACUGCGCCACUCCUGGUGCCCUGUUCUUUAUGUGGUAGCUGUGGCUCAUGUGAACAGCUUUAUUUUCUCCCAAGAUAGCACCACACAGGAGGGUGAUGCUGCUCGGAAAAGCAUGCUGAAGAAGACAUGGCUCUUGGUGGAUAAGACCUUGAAAAAGCACCUUCUCUACUACAAAAUGCUGAAUGCAGAGAGCCCUUUGGGAUUUGAUCUUUAUGAGCAACUCCCUCCUAUGCGACUAAAGUACCUGCAGAUGGUGACGCAGAAAGAAAAGGAGGAGAAUGCAUCAUUGCUAGUCUCAUAGCAAAGCGCUUGUGUAAGAGGAGGGCCAAGGGGAAGAAUGGAAAAGCUUAGUUCAUGCUUCAGUGAUGAAAAAACACCCACUUCAGAUAGGUAACGGUGUCUUGCUUGGACAAUCUUGGUGUCUCUGCAAAGUGAAGCGCUAUUAGAAUGCACCUAGCCUUGCACAACAAUACAAGUCUUCUCAAGAUAUGACAAGAUAUGUGUAUGGCCUCCCCAUGCUGAAGGCUGGGACGUGUUCUUCCAUUCUUCAAGUUCUUCUGCUUCUUCCUGGAGGAGAUGAGAAAAAUGUGCCUGGGAGGCAUUGGACUGAAUAAAAGGAAAGACGUGAAAAAGUUGUUUGGUUUAUUCCAGCUGGAUGUUGUGGGUUCUUGAGAUGAUGUCAGUCUUCAUCUCCAUCUUCUGAAUGCAGACCUCUUCCUUGCUUUUUUGUCCUGAGCUUUGUUUGAAUGGUCCCCUUGCAAACAGAAUGACAACACAAGAAGAAAAAAGCUGAUCCUAUGCGCUGUUUUUUUUUUUUUUGAUUGGGUUUUGUUUUGUUUUUAAACAGGUAGUUUAUCUAGGACAGUGUUGUGGUUGCUAUCAGUCAUGCAGAUGUUUUACAUCAGACCUCUAAGGAUGCAACAGAAACAAUAGUUGCUAAUGCAGUGGUAGAUACAAUGGUGCAUCCUCCCUUGGCUGUCUUUUGGACAGUCUCUAACCUGCUUGCUUUUCUCUCUUAAUUUAGUUGUGUGUCACAAGAUUAAAAAAUAAUUUCUUUGCAGGAUGCUCAGCAGUCACCGCUCCCUAUAAGAGGGGGAAAAAACCCAAGUACCUGCUUGUUUAACUAGAGUGUGCAUUGAUUGUCCCCUCAGAAGAGGGGAAUAUAAUUUAAAUUUUAAAGUGGAAGUUCCUAAGUUUAAACUUAAUUUUAAAAAUUCCUAAAUUGACCCCACUUCUCAUCCUAAGUCAACCACAAGGGCUGCAAGUGUAUUGCCCUGAAAGGCUCAUCAGGAGGGCCAGCUCAAGCUCAGAAUAUACUGCUUAGUGCAGUUUACUGAGGCCAAUGUUUCAUUCAUAUCCCAAUUUUGCAAAAACUAUUGGGAGUGUCUGGCAGGCUUGAGGGGAGGGGAGUUGCUUCUUUGAAAAGAACUUGCUAAAGUUCAUUUGUUUUGUUCUUGUGAAUAAACUCUUUUGGAAGGUGCAGGGUGAUGCCUAGCCUGAAGACUUAAACUUCUCUCUUUAUCUACUGUACAGGCCAAGCUAGCUUCCCUCGGAAGAGUCCAUUCCUGUCUCGGCCUUGAUUCAGUGAAUGUGCUCGUAAGAGUGAGGAACUUUGCUAAUAAGAAUAUGCAUCUCAAUUUACUCCUUGACACUAUAGCUAACUCAUUCGUGUAGGCCCCUGAACAGCUUGUACUGAUUGAAAUUGCUCCAGACUGGAAAAAAAUUCAAGGUAGCAACUCCUACGGCUGUGCUUGCUGUCUCUGCAAGGGCAGUUCUCUCGUUCAGUCCCCUUCAGGUCGCAAGACAGUGUUUCUGGUUUAUCUUCAGUCUGUUCCACCUCUUUUCCUCUUUAUUUCAAAUAGGACAUGGGCAGAGCUUAUGUUUCAUUCUAGUAUCUUUUUUCCUAUUGCGGCUUUUGAUCUGUGAUUUCUCUCAGUUGCAGAUCAAUAUUAUGAAGUAACAAAAGCACAAAGUGGUCAAUAUUGAUUGUUUUUUUUUUUUUUAUUUCUUAAUUAUUUUAGAAGUACUUGAUGUGAUUAAAAGUUUUAUUGAAGGCAAUCAAGUUUUUGUUCUGUCUGGAUGAUGACCUGGCAGUAGUGUCUCAAGACCAACGAGUGGAGAGAUUUAAUGACUCCUUGGCUGCCCAUUUAAGAACAGCUUUCAUCUUUCAUUAAGGAUUUUGCCACUUGCUUUUCUGACCUCUAGUUAUUUUUAAAAAAACAAAAACAAAAAAAAAACCCUUCCUGUCCUUUUGCAAUGCGAAGUUGAGUUUUGGAAUGUGUAUAAGGUGUAAAUAAACAUUUUGA